GUUUAAUCCAAAACUGGUGAUAAGAUAUACAACCAGUGAAUCUGCCAUUGUACAUACUUUGCGAUAACACUUUGUUUGGACUUCUGAUAACAUUUUUAUGUUUAAUAUUUAUACACGGCUCUGGAAAUUAAUUUAAUUUAGUCGCGUGAAAUACAACGACAACGCUUGGAGUGCAGUUUUAAAACACGGCGAAACAAAAACUUUUUUAUUCUGAUAAUUUAUAUUUAUUUUUGUUAUUUUUGAUUGAUUAAAAAAUAUGGAUCACGGUGAUCAUGGUAUGGAUCAUGGGGGCAUGGAUCACGGGGGUAUGGACCAUGGUGGACAUGGAGAUGGUUCUUCCGACUCAAGAACUUGUCCAAUGAUCAUGACAUUCCACGGUGGCCAUUGUGAGAGAAUCCUAUGGAAGAGUUGGCUAGCAUACACCCUUACCGAGUUCAUAUUCUCAGCGCUGGCAAUUUUUGCUGUUGCCUUCGCCUAUGAAGGAAUCAAAUUCGUUCGCGAAUAUCACCUGCGCAAAGUUCUCAAAGAAGAAAGCGACCGUCUGAGAGCAUUAAAUUCAAAAAAUUGUAUGACCAAUGAGGGUUCCUCUUCAAAUACUCCACUCCAUGUAGCUUAUCAACUCAACUAUUUCCAACGAAUCUUCAAUACUCCUCACAUUCUUCAAACGUGCCUCAAUCUAGUCCAGAUUAUCCUGUCCUAUUUGUUGAUGUUGAUCUUCAUGACUUUCAAUUACUGGCUCUGUCUGGCAGUUAUACUCGGCCUGGGUUUGGGCUAUUUUGUUUUUGGUUGGAUAAAACAAGAUGUUUACGAGACAGAAUGUUGUCACUGAAUUAAAAAACAAAGAGCUGAACAAUUGUAUGUACUUACUUAAAAAACAAGUUCAGUAUUUAAAAUGUUAUGUAUACCAACGAUAAUUACCUUAAUUUUGCUUUAUUGAGUAGUUUUUAAUAAAAAUUAAAUAAAAACAAAAUUUACGAAAUUGUA